AAACCCUAUAGUUAAAACCUCCGUCGCACCCCAAAUUCAAAACCAUUAAACUGCGCCUCCACUGUUUCCUCACGUUCACAUUGAGGCUUGAGCAGAUUAGAAUCAGAUGGCACCAAAGAAAGACAAGGCCCCUCCUCCUUCCUCCAAGCCAGCAAAAUCUGGAGGUGGCAAGCAAAAGAAGAAGAAGUGGAGCAAGGGAAAGCAAAAGGAGAAGGUGAACAACAUGGUGCUGUUUGACCAAGCUACCUAUGAUAAGCUUCUAUCUGAGGCUCCUAAAUAUAAGCUCAUCACUCCCUCUAUUUUGUCUGAUCGUUUGAGGAUUAACGGAUCACUCGCAAGGAAGGCCAUUAGGGAGUUGAUGGCAAAAGGAUUGAUCCGGUUGGUUUCAUCUCAUUCGAGCCAGCAGAUUUACACAAGGGCAACAAACACCUAGAUGUUUUGUUAUAUUUUUGCGUAUUUAGUUCUAUGUAGUAUUUCCAUUUCAUGAGAUUGCUAUAAAUUAUUAUUAUUACUACUAAAGAACUCCCUCUCAAGUGGGAUCUUUCUAUCCUUUGUGAGCCUAUAGUUUGUUGAUAUUGUUAUGGUUUAAUGGAUACUUGUUUUCAGGUUGAUUUUUGCAUGGUUUUGGCUACCGAGCUUUCCCAAAUUUGUUUUCUAAAUGAGAAUUUGAUUUGUGGUUGCGUGUUUAAUCUUAAACCACAUAUUGGAUUGUCACA